UUCGAUAUCGAAUGCACGACGAUGCCAUUUUGGUUCCCGUAUUUCCAUGAAAAAUAUAACUUUCCGGGAAUUGUUGGUGCCGUAGAUGGUACGCAUUUAAUGCUGUUGAGGCCUAUUGAGAACGAACAUAUAUACUUCAACAGGAAAGGAAAGCAUAGUAUAAACGCGAUGAUUAUAUGUGACCAUAAAUUAAGAAUAAAAGCUAUAUGCCAACAGUACGGAGGGGCUGCGCACGAUUCCUUUGUUUGGAAAGCCUCAAAUGAGAGGAAGGUAAUGGAGCGGCGCUAUAAUAAUGUUCAAGUUACAAGUUCGUGGCUAUUAGGUGAGUAA